AUGUGUAAAGUGUCGGAACUCAUCUGCUCUCUUGUGGGAUUCCAUUUACUGGACCUUCUUUUCUGCUUGGGCUUUCAUCCUGCUUUCUCUCAGCUGUUUUCCCUUUGGUCCAGCUUCGGUGUCCAAAACAAAGUCCCACCAUCUGAAACUGGACGCGUAAGAGCCGAUAAAGAAAUGGUGGUGCUCAUCGUGGUGAUCAGCACCGGCCCAGAAAGGAAGGAAGUGGUGCAAAGACCAAGGGAAUUCGUAACCAGAGUGGGCAUCGACAGCCUGGAACAAUCUCAAGCAGAUCCAAAGCGAAAUGGUGAACAAGUGCAAGUCUCUGGUGAAGUAGCACCAAACCAAGGGAAUUCCAACGGUUCCCAUGCCCAAAAGUGCAACUUCGACAGGAUGAGCAUACUCAGCCGUCAAGCCAAAUGGGGCAGCAUAGCGGUGGUGCUGCUUGUGAAUGUACUUGUAAAAGACUCCGUGGUGCAAGCCCCUGUGGAACCAGUAAUGCCAAGCGUCUUCCAACACAAAGAAAAGCCCCAACUGGAACAAGAUUUUCGACCACGAAGGGAAAGGAACCAGGAAAGACAUGCCGAUCUUUUCACUGAGCGGGUGGAAAAACCAGAUGGGGAAGGCCUCCACCAAGAAAUGCGAUGUCAAGACCGAUUUAAGACACUCCCAUUGCUCGGUGUUGCUAGGCAACUUCGACUCCUGGAUCUUGUACUUGCGGAAGUAUGGGAUACGAUCGAUAAUGGCCCAGGGCAAACAUCUGCCAAAGUACAUGAUCUCGUGCAUCAAGAAGAAGAACAAUCCAGUGGCCAAAACAUCAUUGUUCAUCCAAUAGUAGUAGGCGGCCCAGAGUUUCUCGACUGGGUUCAAACUGCCGAUGUUACUGAAGUUCUGGUACGACUCGGAAAACGUCGUUGCGUUCGAAAACCCACUAUAGUCGUGAUAGACAGCGCUUACCAUGCUUUUGUUGAAAGAAGAAAAUAG